ACACUGCUAGUGUCCAAAAGAACAGAAAGAAAGAAAGAAAUAAAGGAAUUACUUAUAAUAGCAUGUGGUUUAGAUCUCUCUCCAUCACUUCAGAGCUUCUAAUCUUUCCAUCCUCAUUCUUCUUUGGCUUUCUUAAAUAGCAAUUCCCAUAUCCAUGAACCUUGUUGGCAAAAAAGAAACCAUGGAAGAAAAAAAUGAGAGGAAAAGCCUAGAAAACAAUGAGAAAAGUGUGGUUAUUACAAACCAAGACGAGUCAAAUAACAAGAUUACAUACAGGGGAUGGAAAGUAAUGCCCUUCAUCAUUGGAAAUGAAACCUUUGAGAAGCUGGGAACAAUUGGAACCUUAGCAAACCUGCUAGUGUAUCUUACAACAGUGUUCAACUUGGAUAGUAUCACAGCUACAAACAUCAUCAACAUCUUCAAUGGUAGUGCAAGUUUAUCAACCUUGCUUGGAGCUUUUCUAUGUGACACAUAUUUUGGUCGCUUCAAGACUCUUGGAUUCUGCACUGUUGCCUCCUUUCUGGGCUUGCUUACCAUACAACUAACAGCGGCAAUCAAGACCAUGCAUCCACCACAAUGUGGAAACUCUAGCACCAUAUGCGAAGGACCAAACGCCGGCCAAAUGACGUUCCUACUGGCCGGAUUUGCGCUCCUUAUCGUUGGAGCUGCAGGGAUAAGGCCAUGUAACUUAGCAUUUGGAGCAGAUCAAUUCAACCCAAACACAGAGUCAGGAAAGAAAGGAAUCAAUAGCUUCUUCAAUUGGUACUUUUUCACAUUCACAUUUGCACAGAUGGUGUCUCUGUCAUUGAUUGUGUAUAUUCAGUCCAAUGUGAGCUGGGCUGUGGGGCUCGGAAUCCCUGCCGGAUUGAUGCUGUUUUCGUGUGUCGUUUAUUACUUGGGAAGCAAGUCAUAUGUGAAGGUUAAAGCAACUGGUAGCCCUGUAACUAGUAUUGUUCAAGUGGUGGUUGUUUCUUUCAAGAAAAGGGGAUUGAAUUUACCUGAUCAGGAUCCAUUGCUUUCACUUUUUGAUUAUAUGCCUCCACACUCUAUCAAUUCCAAGCUUCCUCACACAUGUCAAUUCAGGUUCCUUGACAAAGCUGCAAUUGUAACCCCACAAGAUCAUAUAAACCAGGAUGGAUCUGCAUCUGAUCCUUGGAACCUCUGCAGCAUACAGCAAGUGGAAGAACUCAAAUGCUUGCUAAGAGUGAUCCCAAUUUGGCUUUCAGGCAUAGUCUACUACGUCGCACUCGUCCAACAGAACACCAUGCUGGUGUUCCAAGCCCUUCAAUCCGACCGGCAAUUAUUCCACUCCAAUUUCCAGAUCCCGGCCGCCUCCUACACCAUCUUCACCAUGCUUAGCUUGACAAUAUGGAUUCCAAUCUAUGACAGGAAAGUUGUGCCUCUUCUUCAAAGGGUAACAAAGAAAGAAGGUGGAUUCACACUUCUCCAAAGAAUGGGAAUUGGAAUGUUCAUCUCAAUACUAUGCAUGAUAGUAUCUGGUAUUGUUGAAGAGCAAAGAAGAACAAUGGCUCUAACAAAACCACUAGGAAUUAUGCCAAGAAAAGGUGCAAUUUCUUCAAUGUCAGGUUCAUGGCUAAUCCCUCAAUUAGCACUAGCAGGGUUAUCUGAAGCAUUCACAUUGGUUGGACAAGUUGAAUUUUACUACAAACAGUUUCCAGAAAACAUGAGAAGCCUUGCAGGAUCACUAUUCUUCUGUGGCCUUGCUGGAUCAAGUUAUUUGAGUAGUUUGCUGAUUUCAGUUAUUCAUAAAGUGACACAGAAAUCUGCAACUGGGAAUUGGUUACCUCAGGAUUUGAACAAAGGGAGAUUAGAUUACUUUUAUUUCAUAAUUGCUGGUGUUGGAGUGAUUAAUUUGUGUUACUUUAUAGUAUGUGCCAAGUGGUAUAAGUACAAAGGGGUUGGUGAUGGUAACAAUGAUAACAGUAGUAGCAUUGAACUUGAUCAUGUAUCUAAAAAAUAUGAAAGGAGUGUUAAUGGUGUUUGAAGGAAAAUUCCCUUGGAUAGAGGAUGUGCCAUAAUAUUUAAUUUUUGGUUUAAGAAAAAAAAAAAAAUAGAAUGACAAAUCUGGUGUUUUUCUUUGGAUGUUUUAAGAUGCUUUUAUUGUAAACCUUCCAAUUUAUCAGAACAAAAAGAUGGUAUGGACUGAUUCAAGUUGA